GGACAACAGGGGAACACCAGUCAGGGUCUACACCACUGUUCAUAUUGUGAAGGACUCUGUUCAGCUUGCCAGCCAGGAUACUAUGGACAACACUGUAUGAAACAAUGCAGAGUCUGUGACCAAGACGAGAUGUGUGACCAUCAGAACGGAAACUGCGUCAAGAGAGAUCACUCCAUGAACAUUAGCUCUAUAUGGGCGUACAACUGUGCGUUAUGCAGUGGUCAAUGUAAGUCCUGUGAUUCAGGUUGGUAUGGAGAAAACUGUACAGAAAGAUGCAUAAACUGUGGAAUGGACGGCUGUAAUAGAACAACAGGCAUUUGUCUUGAAUGUAAAAGUUAUUAUUGUGGAACAAACUGCACAGAUACUUGUCCGAAGACUUGUUCCAGGAGCCGUGAGAAAAGAAGUGUAUGCCACCGUGACUCUCGGUAUUGUUUGAAUGGCUGUCAAAAAGGGAUGUGGGGUGAUCGCUGCGAUAUCCCAUGCAGCAAAGGAUGUUUGAAUCGUAACUGUCGUUUUGAUGGCACCUGCCACUGCAGACCUGGAUACACUGGUUCAGAAUGUAUAGCACCUGCAGCUGAUCCAACAAGUACAAGUGCAACUGAUAACUAUAAUGGACUGAAUACACAUCAAGAUGGUGUUUCCGAAAUACGGUUUAUUGUACUUCUUGGUACUACAGUUAUCUCGAGUUUAAUAGGGAUAACGCUGUCAUUUCUGUUGUUGUACAUGUGGAGAACACGCCAGAGGAAAUAUGAAAGAGAUCAAGAGUGUAUGCUGCCAAUGACUGACAGAAAAAAAACACCCCACAAUAUCAAAGAGAUAUUUUGUUCGAUUUAAAACGAAUCAGUAACCAAUUCGCAUUCGUGUGUGUGUGUGUGUGUGUGUGUGUGUGUGUGUGUGUGUGUGUGUGUGUGUGUGUGUGUGUGUGUGUGUUGGUAACCAUAGUUUUUGCAGGCAAUACACCAUUCCUAUGUUAGACAUACUUUUGAAAAUUGCGUGAACGAUCAUUGAUUAUCGCGUGCUCGAAAACAUCUUGUUCAAACGAAAUGAGUUACCUGGAAGUUUUAAAGGAACAUGUUCAAUUCUCAGAGGACUGCUAUAAACAGGUAACCGAGUUUUAAUAACCAGUAAUAUCAAGGGAAAGAUAAGUAUUACUGGCAAAGAAACAACAUUUAAUCCCAGAAUAUUACCUACACAUACCUGUUGUAAUGCCUCAAAUCUUGACCCACCCUGUGGAAUUACUAUAAAUUUGCAUGUACCAUAUGUAAAUAGCACACAUGUUAACUCACCUUAUGUUUGUUCAGGAAAUGUCAAUGCAUCAACUGUAAAUAUUUUAUAAAAGAUGUUGACACUUUAUAAUACAUAAACUGCACAAUAAUGCUAAACAUAUGAACGAAUCUGACCACUGAGUAAACAAAAAGAGAGGCAAAUAUGUAAUCUAUUGGAUGUCAAACUGUGGUAAAGAUUACUUUAAAAUGAACAUGUACAAGACACACUUGAUAGACAGACAGACGGACAUACAGACCGGUAGAGGACUAACAAGAAUAACAUUAUAGCAUAGUGCAUGGUAGAGUGUUGACUUGAAAAUGGCACUCGCAAGAAUGGCAUGGGUUUUUACUUUUACAGCCACAUCUGAUCAUUUCCAUUAUAUAAUAUGUAAUAAUAAUAAUAACAUUGACACCAUUCGGAAUUGUAGUGCGUAAAUUGGUACAUAUGUCUUUCUUCCAUCCAAAGUCCUCUGGGUUUAGUGAAGAAGAGAAGAAGAACAAUUAUUUUAUUAUAGUGUCACAUGCUGUACAUAAAUCAUAUAAUAUAAAUAUAUGUAUACAGAGUUUAAAAGAUACAGCAUCCGGUCAAACGGCCUACGAGACACUCCAAACUUUUAGAAUUCUAAAAUAUUUAAAAAUACAUCGUACUAACUACUAAGUAAAACAAUUUAAUGUGGUUAUUAUAAAAUAUAAUACUGAUGCUAAAUUUGAUUUGGGUUAUUCAAUAAAAGAAAUCAUAAAAUUGUUAUGCACUAAAGUUUAGUUUUCUCUUGAACAUGGUUAAAAGAGUAGCGGCCAACGGUUUAACCAAGUUGCCAGAACACAGAAGUGAUUUAAACUGGUCCAUAGGUCUUAAUUCAAGAAGUUAGGGUGUAUUAUAGAGACUGCAUCCCAUAACUUCAUUCUCAAGUCUGAAUAGAAAUUACACAUGAUCAACAAAUUAAAUUAAUCUUCUGUGAUGUUGUGGUUACAACAUGUACAAUUACGACUAUUUAACGGGGUCAUCGGCCUUGUAAAUCUAUCAAUUUCAACUUCCAAGGGUAAGAUGCUGCACCCUUAAUUUAGUUUAUUGCUGGUGGGUGAUUUGUUUCCAGAGUUCGGCACAACUUGGCGUGAUAGAGAGCCCUGUUCUCGUUUUCUGUGAAUGACCCCAUUGUAACAGACAGCCACCAAGCAUAGAAUCACUACUGUAGACAUUAAGCUCACAGUAGAAAUAUACAGUAGCAUUGUUAUGCGAAGGAACUACUCAACUCCCUGUCCAUGAUGUGACACUACGACAUGAUAUGCUACUGUGGAAUGGGCAAGGGAUCUAUGAAGACUAUGUAUGAGUUAUCUUCAAUCUGCAAUACAGACUCACCUUCCACUGUUGUCACAGACCAGACAAUUACUUUCAUCUCUGCCUGUUUUGGCAUGACGAAAACCAAGAACAUGCCAGCAACCAAAUUACGCAUGAUGUCAAACUCGCCCUAAACUAUAUCCUGGAAAUUAUCAGACAUGAAUGAAAGUUAAAAUAACAAACAAACAAGCCAUUCUGGGAAACGCAAUUGUCAAGUUAAUGGUCUACUCUGCACACUGUUUUGUGAUUGUUAAACCUUAGGGUUAUCAUUUGAGUAAUAGCUUAGAUUUACCGUUGUCAGCAGGUGUAGAUAACGUAUUUGGACUAACGUAAGAGGAAGGAGAUGAGGGGAGAAACUUGGUUCCAAAACACAAAUGUCACCAAUAUAUUAUAUUAGAAUCUUUCUUACUUCAUCACACAUUAUGUAAAUAUAUUUAAUGUGUUUAUU